UCCACCAAGACAAUGCAAGCUCGCACAAAGCCCAAAAAACAAGGCAGUAUUUAACGGGAGAAAUCAUGGAAUUAUUGGACCAUCUUCCAUAUAGUCCUGAUCUAAGUCGUAACGAUUCCUUAACUUUCCCGAAAAUUAAAAACAGACUGCGUGGUCAAAGGUUCCAGUCACCAGAAGAAGCAGUUGAAGCAUUCAAAAAUGCCGUUUUGGAUCUGCCAGCAAACGAGUGGAAUAAGUGCUUCGAAAAUUGGUUCGAGCGCAUGCAGAUGUGUAUUAAUCUUCGUGGAGAAUACUUAGAAAAACAAUAAAAGUCGUUUAAAACUACCUACCGUGUUGUUUUAUUUCCAUAUGCAAAACUUAAAAGACAUCCCUCGUAGAACCACUAAUACAAA